UUUUAAUAUUUUUAGCAAAGUUAUGUUUUAUCAAAAGUGCCUUCCCUUUUCUUUUCUAUUAGGAACAUCAUCAACAGACAAGUUUUAACAUUUUUAACACAGCUAGUUUUAUUAAAAGUGUCCUCCAUUUUCUUUUCUAUUACGAACAUCGUCAAUAGACCUCUUUUAAUAUUUUUAGCAAAGUUAUGUUUUAUCAAAAGUGCCUUCCCUCUUCUUUUUUAUUACAAACAUCAUCAACAGACAACUUUUAAAAUUCUCAACAAAGUUACAUUUUAUCAAAAGUGUCUUCCCUCUUCUUUUUUAUUACAAACAUCAUCAACAAACAAUUUAAAAAAUUCUUACCAAAGUUACAUUUUAUCAAAAGCGCCUUCCCUUUUCUUUCCUAUUACACAAUGUAACCUGUAUUAAGAUCCGUCUGUAACACUUAAUCGUACACGGAUAACUGGGCAGUGUUAACAUCAUUGGCCGUGAAAAUACCAGGCUAAUUAAUCCGCCAUAAAGCCAAGGAUUAGGUUUCGCAAAUUGUGUUUUAGCUCAGUCGCGAUUACGCACGCAUGUACGCACACAAGCGCGACCGAUUGCGGAUCACCUGUGAUUAAGUCCUCCCGAGGACCUCGCGAGUUCUCAUACCCUAGUUUUCUGCCGGCAACCGUACGGUGCGAUCGUGUUUCUCCGUUGCGAAAUUCACGCUCGUACCCGAGAUUCCGAGCGCGAUCGAGCCUGUGGCCGUGCGAUCUUUAAACGAGAGCGGAUCGAUAGUGAUAUGGAGGCUUUGGGAAAGAUCGAAGAACCGGACGACAGAAGUAACCGUUCCGACGACUCUAACGGUGAAGUGUUCAAGAAUGUCCCGAGGAACAGCAGCACGUUUCGCAUUUGGAAAAUUGAGGGUUUGCGAGUUACGGCCGUCACAGGAAGUAAUAUGGGAUAUUUCCUCUCGGAGUUCGCGUACAUUAUCUACGCGGUGUCGCUGAAAGACGGUCCACUCCCUUAUCCUGGAAUGCCGGUGAAGGAGUUAAAGUCCAGCCCCAUAGUCCGCGUCAUCCAUUUCUGGAUCGGCUCCACCUGUGAUUCAACGAUUUCCGGAGCAGCCGCCCUCCGAGCCGCCGAAUUAGACUCCCAAGUUUCGGCCACGAUUCUCUCCCGCGAGGCCCAGGGCCGCGAGAGUCCAAGAUUCCUAUCGUACUUCCGACAACGUCUCGUCAUCGAAAAUUUCCAUUUUGAAACGCCAUCGUGCACGCUGCACAGAGUAACAGGCGUAGCGGUUCCUGUUCUGACGGAACUCGAAAAGGUUCACUGGGACCACUUCAGCUCUCGGGACGUAAUUCUCGUAGACGUUCUCUCCAAGGGAAUCGUCUUCCUUUGGCUGGGAUCGUUAUCGGACCCCCUGCACAAGCGACACGCAGUCAGCAUCCUAGAAACAAGAAAAGAAAAUGGACGCAUCGUGAUCGUGGACGACGGCUACGAACAAACGCUGUCCCAGCGAGACCGACAGUUAUUCGACAGCGUUUUAGAGCCAUCCACCAGAGUGGUGAAGCCUGACCGUCCUCACAGAAUCAGUAUACCGAGUCCGGUGAAAUUAUACAAAUGCAGCGAGCAGUCCGGCAAAUACAAAGUCGCGGAGUUGAAGUCUGGACCCAUUCUUCGUUCGGACCUCACGUGCGAGUCCGUGUACCUGAUAGAUCGCGGAGAGGCAGGAGUCUGGGCCUGGGUCGGACGCAACGUGAACGCUCGAGAGAAGUUGGAGGCGAUUCGCAACGCUCGCGGAUUCGUGAAAAAGAAGAAUUAUAGUAACGGUGUGUCGGUGGGAAGAGCGAUCGAGACUCAGGAGCCGACGGAGAUGAAGGCGCUGGUCAGAGGAUGGGAGACCGCGAAGACGAGGCCGCUUACUUUGCCGAUUAAUUUCGAGCCUGAUUACAUGAACGAGAGGCCUAAAAUGGCAGCUGAAUGCCAACUGGUAGACGAUGGGUCAGGUGAAAGAACGCUGUGGAGAGUGAGUCGCAAGGAGGGUAUGGUUCAGGUGGAGGAUAAGGGAAUAUACUACGCGGAAGCGUGUUACGUAAUGUGCUACAAGUACGGUCAAGGUCGCAGGAGCAAGACAAUAGUGUACUGUUGGGAAGGCGUGCACUCCAUCAACGUGGACCGAGAGGCCUGUUUGGAAACGGCUUGCAGUUUGGCAGAAGACACCUCUGGACAGUUAGUGAAAGCGUGCCAGGGCAGAGAACCGCCUCACUUGCUGCAGAUUUACGACGGAAAAUUGAAAAUAUUAGCUGGGCAACAUCGUGAUUCUCCGCCGGAGAAGUAUCUCGUCAGAGUUUUCGGAUCCACUCCUUACACAUCCAAGGCGGUUGAACGACCUUUGAGAGCCAGCAGCCUCGAUUCCAGUGGAGUUUUUAUUCUAUUUUGUAGUACACCCGUAGUGUGGUGCGGCGGUAAAAGUACUGGCGAUGCUAGGCAAGCGUCUAGGCGACUUGCACCUAGAAACGCAUUGCUGAUGAUCGAGAAUAACGAGGAUGACGAAUUCUGGGCAGAGAUCGGAGGUAAAGGCACGUAUGGCACGGAAACGGUGGACGAUGGAGAGGAGCUUGAGAAACAUCUGUACAGGUGUUUAACGGAGAGCCAAACGUUCGUCGGUGAAGAAAUUCUUGGAUAUGGGCAAAGUAAUCUUCUUCCGGAAGCAAUUUGGUUGCUGGAUGCUGGUAACGUGAUAUGGAUUUGGAUCGGAAAGUUUUCGGCUCCUAAGUCAUUGAAGGACUGUAUACACGACGCAAUGAUAUUUCUAUACAAUCAUCCGGCUGGCCGAGAUCGAAACACGACAAUUUCUGUAAUUAAACAAGGAAUAGAACCUUCAACGUUCGUAGGACUCUUUGAUAACUGGAACUACAAUUUAUUAAGAGAGUAUAAGUCGUUUGAAACGUUCUGCACGCUCUUGCAAGACAAGGAGUCCAUAACUAAGAUACAGACGUUGUCGAAGUCGUCGAGUGAAUUUGAUAAUUAUGUGAAGUAUCCUCUUUCCGUUUUGAAAAAUGACCCAGAAAAUUUGCCAUCCGGUGUUGACGUUGUUCGUAAAGAGAUGCAUCUUACGUUUGAUAAUUUUAUUGCAAUUUUUAAAAUGCAACCUGACGAGUUUGUCAAACUUCCUGCUUGGAAAAGGCAGAGGCUCAAGCAAUCAGCUGGACUUUUUUAACGUCUGGAUAGU